AUGAACGUAACAACUUCAGAUGGAAGGCAAUUUAGGCUGAGUGAAAAGAUGUAUAGGCAAAGUAUCUUAUUGAGACAUUUAGCUGAAGAGACGAAUGUUCCUGAAGGGGGUCCGGAGCUUUUAGUGGAGGGAGAAGUCUUUGAGAAGAUAGUGGAGUUUAUGCGCAGUCAUGAGGAAGAUGCUGAAUUAGCUGAGGAGUACAAUGUAGUUGAUGUUUUGCUUAGUGAUUUUGAUAGGGCUUUUAUUGAAGUAGAUAAUCUUAUGCUUUUUAAAAUCACAGCUGCCGCUAAUUACUUGCAUAUGCCUUUACUAUUAGAGAUCUGUUGUAAAGUGAUUGCUGAAGCAUUGAAAGAGAAAACAACAGAAGAGAUAAGGCGGUACUUAUCUAUUCCUAAGAAAGGAGCUCGAGAUGAAGCAGCUAUCCAGAAAGAGUACAAAUGGAUUGAGUAG